UAACCCUCUGUGGUUAAUCCUCUGAGCAUGCGCAGUGUUGAAACGGAACCGUCCUCCACGUUUCCCAGGGUUACCAUCAACAAGUCAGUUAGCCCCGCUGUAGCUAACGUUAGCACCAGCGUGCUUUAAGGUUGGACCAUUUCCGAACAGCAACCAGAAAACCACCAUGCUGCUAUCAGACUUUGCAUAAUGGUGAUGCAGCUAUAACAGCAGCGCAGGAAGCCGAUAAGAUACAGUGGACUUAGCGAACAGCUAGCUCGUCAAUGAACGCAAUCAGAAGAAAGUAAUAGUGUUUACAAUGACACAUCAGGACUUCGGGACGCUGGCUUACAAGAAAAGCCCGAAAACAUCGAGAAGGACAACUUUUCAGGAUGAACUUCAGGCUGCUGUCUCUGCCAGGGCAAGCAAAACUAAAAGAGACAAACUCUCUUACUCUGAUGACUUCCAUGAAGACGAAGAUGAUUUUUUGAAUGAACUCCUCAAAUCAAGAAGAAAGAAGGCUGGCGCAUUAAAGGCUGGGAAGAGUAAAGCCAAAAUCAACGACUUUGAGAUUUCAGAUGACGAAGGAAAACAUAGCAGGACGAAGAGAGUUUCAUUUCUGAAAACACACAGAAUCAGCUCUCCCUCGGAAGACGUUGGGGCAUCAGAGUCACGUGAAAGCGAGCCGCCUGACUCUUCCGUCGGUCAGCACAACGAUUAUAAUACCUCAUUUUCCUCACAACAUUCCACAAAUGUCAGUGAAGAUAACAUCCGAUUUAAAAACAGUGAUGGGGAGUCUAUCGAUCCGGAAAUCACAAGAGAGAGCUCAAAUAAGUCUCUGUCAUACCAAACAUCAGAUGAUACUCUCCUGGACAUGCCUCUACCUUUACCAUCUGAUAGCAGCGUGAUAGAAACUCCAGGUCCUGAGGAGAAGAGCAACUCUGUCCUGGAAGAAAGCUCAGAGACUCCACAGUUAUCAGCAACUUACCUCAACCACGUGUCCUCAGCAGAUAGCGCUACCGAGAGGGAGCCACCCAGGCCGAAACCGAGGCAAAGGACUCUUGGAUUAAACCUUCACGCCACAGAGAAGAUAGCUGAAGAUGCUGAAGAUGCUGAAGAGUCUCAGGAUCUCAGCAGGCCCCCGACCUCCUCUGCCUCCAUUCCCCUCUCCACUGGCACAUCCAGCAACAUCACUUGGACAGAUGGAGAUCAUGCAGGUUCGUGUAGCCUCAGCAAAACCUCUUCAAGCAAGAGUGAACAGUCGCAGCUAUUCACUAAGUCCACGGUUGAUACUGAAUCCAGAGAUGGAUUUAUAUCAGAUGAAAGCAAAGAGCAGGAGAGACAGUACUCCACGUCAUUUGAAGAGUUUAAUCAAGACUCAUCUCAACAAGAUCACUCAGAUCAACUCUCUAAUGAAAAAUCAUUGGAUACCGGGACAUCAAGUUCUCACUCUAAGACCACUCAGAGAUCGCACAGUGCGUGCUCCAGGAAAGUGGAAUCAAGGUAUUUGGGAUCUCUCAAAGUUCUGGAUCGUAAAGUCUCGCUACAAGAGUCUCAGCCGCAAGCAGCAGAUGCACUCAGAGCUGCCAUUUACCAGGAAUGGCUUCAAAAGAAAAAGGAAAAGUCAAGAGAGAACAUGCAACAGAAGAAGAAAGAAGAAACCUUGAAAGAAAAAAAGAAAAGGGAAGAAGAAGCUAAAAAGGAAGAAGCUGUUGCAUCAUAUGAGGCUUGGAAAGAAAAGAAAGCAGAGAGUCUCAAAGCAAAAGCCAAAGAAAAGCAAGAAAUUAUCCAAAAAGAGAAAAGAGCGAUUGAAGAGAAAGAGGAAAAAAAGCAAUCUGCUAAACAGGUGUUUGAACAGUGGAAACGUGAGCAUGAUCAUCUACUCAAAGAAAAGUACAGAAAAGAAAGAGAAGCUCAAAGUAAACUUGAGUUAGAAAAAAAAGAAAAGGAGGAAGAAAGAAAAAGAGACAGCAAAUCUGCUUUUUCUAACUGGCAUGAAAAGAAGAAAGAUGUUAUCCAAGAAAAAGUCACAAUGGAGCGUAAAGAAUUCCAAAAUAAAGCGGAGGAGGAACGAUACAUGAAAGAAGAGAGAGAUAAAAUAGCUUUAGAGAUGUAUGAGAACUGGCUGGCACGGAAAGAGCUGGAGCAGAAGAGACAAAGAGAAGAAAGACGAAUACAAGCGAUACUCCAAGACAGUCCACCUCCACCAUGGAGUCCCCCUAAUAAAACUAUACCAUUUAAAAAAUAACAUUUGAAUUGUAACAUACCACCCUGAAGAUAUCUGUGGGUCAUGUGUUACAUUUGAAAUUAUACGUUUUGUACUUUAAGUUUUAUCCAAAGUGUGUUUUAAACAUAGUUGAUGACAGCUGUUAAAUUUUAUAUUGUUUUGUAUUAGCCAGCAGCUCUAGUGUGAGUUUAUAUUUUUAUAAUUUUAACACAAGAAAUGUGUGAUUACUUCCAAUAACGAAACCCUUUUUAUAAAUGCGGUGGUCUCUUCUUACCAUGUUAUACAUCCGAAUGUAAAGCAGCAAUAAGAAAAUAAUAUUUACAUAAAAAGGCUAAUGUAAUUAAACUACUAAUGUUUAUUGUUGAACUACUGUUGAUUUCCACAUGGAGUUUAUUAUUCCCAAAAACAUCACAUAAUCUUAGAAACUGAUUAACAGCUUGUAUUUUAUGUUAAACACAUAUUUUUUUAAUUGGUGGAUUUAUUUUAUUAUUUAAAAUGCUGGUCAUUUUUGCAUGUCACCUUUUUUUCUGUUUUUAUUCAUUUUCAUUCUCCAUCAUUCGCAACAUAUAGUUUUGAAUUUAAAAAGUACUAUUUAAGAUGCAACAACAUAAUACAUUUCUUUCCACCAGCAUGAGGGUGACACUUUAAACAAGUUUCUACAGAGAGAAAUAUUUUGGAUUUAGACCUGGUGAAUGAGUGCUGUUCAGUAAUUUGUUUACGGCCUGCUGUUAGGUCUGCUCCUAGUCUAUUAUCCAAUAAAAGAC